CGUUUUGCCACCUUCUGCAGGAAAACGGAGAGGGCUGAGCGCAUCGCACACAUGGAGCGUGACAGCGGCUGUGUGGGCUGCGAGCCAGAGGCGCAGGAGGUGGCCAAGAUCAAGGAUAUAGAAGUCCUCAACUGCGAAUAUGGCAAGAACACAAUUAAGUUCCUUCGCCUUCAUAGAGAAGGGAAGAAGCACUUUGUUAAAGAAGUGGAAGUGUGCACGCAUCUCCGGCUGACUUCUGCUCACGAGUACCUGGAUGGAAACAACUCUUGUGUGAUACCUACAGACACCAUAAAGAACAUUGUCCUUGUGUUGGCCAAAAAAAAUGGGAUCCCAACUUUAGAACAAUUUGCUAUAGACAUCUGCAGACACUUCAUGACUACAUUUUGCCAAGUGGCGUUCGUCAAAACCUACAUUCAAGAAGUACCAUGGCAACGUCUACAUGAGAACGGCGUUCCCCACAUCCACUCCUUCAUAUGUGUCCCUGAUGGCAUCCGCUUUUGUGAAGUUGAGCAGUGCCGGAAUGGUCCUCUGGUUGUUUUUGCUGGAAUUAAAGAUCUGAAACUUAUGAAGACAACACAGUCUGGAUUUGAAGGCUUCUAUAAGAACGAACACACCACACUUCCUGAAAGGAACGACAGGAUUUUAUGUGGAGAGCUCUUCUGCAAAUGGUCAUAUGGCGAAUGCAAGGAUUUUGACUUUGACUGCACAUGGAACAAAAUCCGUGAAUGCAUCCUGGAAGCCUUUACUGGUCCACCUGACUGUGGGGAAUAUUCACCCUCUUACCAGAAAACUGUCAACACUAUCCAGAUGUGCGUCCUUUCCAAAGUGCCACAGGUACAGAUCAUAGAAACCGUCUUGAACAACACUUUUUAUAAUGUUGUAGACAUGAAGAAUCUGGGCCUGACCAACGACAAAGAAGUUCUGGUUCCAGUGGAAACUCCCUAUGGCUCCUGCGCUUGCACGCUUGGCAGGAAGAAGUUCUUAGAAGCACAAGGCCAUGUGCUAAAAGAUGAGAGGCAAAGUCAGUUUGGACUGGCAGCUGCCCAGGGAAACUAAACCUCUUGGCUACACUCACACCUGCCUGAUAGACUUAACAGCAUGGCUUUCCUAUCAACGUGUACCCCUUAUUGGCUUCUUCCAUCACUGACUACUUUUCCCUCUAUGAACUCCUGAGGUUGGGAUUUCUGAAGGAGCCUCAGGAAUUCAGAAACCAAAGUCUAUCCUAGAAUCUCAGUGUGAUUUGCAGAUUGAAAUCCCCUAUGCUCUUUUGAAAAUCCCAGAUGGAAACAUUAUAGUAAAUUAAUUUAUAAACCAGC